AUGGGUUCCCAUACCAAAUUCCACGCGAAGCUCCGCGGUAACUUCCAGGACUUUCAACAUGCUUUCACCAGCAAGCAAGCAUUUUUGAAGUACCUCGAGACGUCCUGCGACGCCGGUAGCGUCGCAGGACCGGUCCGCAACAAAUGGACGAAUGAAGACCUUGACAUCAGCCCUACAACCCAUCACACGUAA